CGAUGGAAAAAGAAAGAGAUAAAAUCUGUUGAUGGACGAGGCCCGUAUAACGGCUGCGUCUAUUAGCAAUCGAAACCGAAACGUUAGAAAAAGAAGAUGAAAAUCGGCGGUGGAGUGGUAUGUGGAAGUCCACGCGCCGCCACUCUGCCCUCUCUGCUUCUCCGUCGCACUGGAUUCACCAUUCGCAGCUCUUCAUCUUCCUCUACUUCCGACCAUGUAUCGUUCAUCAACGAUAUUGCGGCAACUCAGCCUCCUCAGCAUUUGUGUCAAUUGCUAAAAAUGCUGAAGACAAGAGCAGGUGGAUCCAUUAUUUCUCCUGGAGCGAAGCAAGGGAUUAUCCCUCUUGCCGUUCCACUGGCAAAAAACAGCUCAGGUACUAUAACUGCACUGCUGCGCUGGCCUACAGCACCCGCUGGGAUGGACAUGCCAGUAGUGGACGUCAAUAGGAAUGGAGUGUGGCUUCUAGCCAAGAACGUGGAUCAGUUUAUUAAUAGACUUCUAGUUGAAGAAGACGCCAGAGGAAGUGGAGAGCAAAGUGAUGAGCUAUUUCUUGCAGCAGCUGAUGCUGGGCAGAAACUUUAUGAAAGGGGUGCUUUUGCUGAAUCUCGGGUCACAAAUGUAGAUUCGUAUCUGCUGAAAAAGGUUGGGUUGUUUCCAGAUGUCAUAGAACGUAAAAUAUUGCGCCAUUUUGAGGAGGGUGACCUUGUUUCAGCUCUGGUGACCGGAGAAUUCUAUACUAAAAAGGAGCACUUCCCAGGAUUUGCACGGCCAUACGUAUUCAAUGCAGAGGUUUUGCUGAAGGUGGGACGAGAGACAGAAGCUAAGGAUGCUGCGAGGGGUGCGCUAAAAUCACCAUGGUGGACUCUAGGCUGUAAAUAUGAGGAAGUUGCUAAUAUUGCACAAUGGGAAGAUGAGCAAAUUGAGUAUUUCAAAGAGAAGGUCACAGAAGAAGGAAAGGAAGAGGAUCUUAAGAAGGGAAAGGCUCCUGCCCAGGUGGCCUUGGACCAAGCUGCCUUUUUGUUGGAUUUAGCUUCUGUCGAUGGAACUUGGGACAACUCUGUGGAGCGUAUUGCUCAGUGUUAUGAAGAGGCAGGUCUCCAUGAGAUAGCAAAGUUCGUACUUUACAGAGACUGAAUACAAACAGUUCUUGGGCAGUGGGCACAAAUUGACAUCCAAUUGGUUUCCAAAUAAAUGGAAACUGAUGGUCACUGUCGGUGAAAAUUGACAUCUCUCUCAGUCUCUCUCUGAGGUCGCCUCACAAGUCACAAGUCACAAUUGUCAUUGCCACCCUUGUCGGCUUGGAGUCUCGGACAAUUGUCUACAACGGAACGAUCGUAUGAUCCUACUACAUUUGAUUGUUAAGAUAACCUGCAGAUAUUGAAUCAUAACUAAGUGGCUACCAUGAUUAUUUUCUUUGACCUCUUUAUCAUUUACAUGUGGACCUUUCUUACUACUAGGCCAACCCGUGUAGGGUGAGACAAUUUUUAUGGUGCUCUCUAUUUUAAAAAAUAACUGGUUGGUCGAUUGGAAUGACAAUCUUCCGCUAUUUUGAUCGACAUGCUGGUAUAAACGGACCGAUGGACAUAAAUUUGGUUAAUUUCAAUUAGUUUGGGCAA